AAUGGCACUUCCUGAAUCGCUCACAGUUAUACCCCUCGACAAUAGGGUUCUCCUUCCGUCAGUGGUGAUGAAACUCACCAUGCAAGGCAAGGAGGCCACAGCUCUUAUUCGAAAGUAUUCUCGACUGUCAGAACAACGAAAAAUGGCCCAUAUUGCGUGCAUUCCUCUUCAGUCAUUGCCUUCUGAGAACUCAUCAGUCAAUUCUCAUUCCAACUCAUCAGAGAAUUCCUCUGAUUCAGAUGGGUCUUUACCUGAGAUUCCAGCUGAAGAACGAGCUCUUACUAAGAGCGAUAUAGACGAAAGUCUAGUAAAACCAAGUGAGCGUAAUCGACUCUUGAUGUAUGGUUGCGCAGCUCGUAUCAUUAGAGUCCAGCGUACAAGUCUUGGCGUAUUCACAGUAAUCGUGGAGGGAGUUGGCCGUUUUGAAGUGGAUCGCUAUAUUCAAGAAGGACCAACGCUGAUGGCCAAAGUCAAAUACGCAGAAUCAUUUACUAAAGAUGAACUGGAGGAGGCAAAGGACGAAAUUAUUGCAUUUAAGGCAUUAGCAAGAGAGUUCCUGCUAAAAAUGAAGGACCUCCAGAUUCCAGAAGCACUUACGCAACAAAUUUCCAAGCUAAUUGACACCGUUGCUGCCCCCGUUCUGGCCGACUUAUUAGUAUCAAUAAUCGAAACAACCUUUGAAGAAAGGCUUCUAAUGCUGCAUUCUACCGACAUAAAAGAACGUUUACAAAAGGCUUCAGAGUGGAUGACAAGACAGCUACAUGUCCUCAAGAUCUCAGAACAAAUCCAUUCCAGCAUUGAGGGGAAAUUGAACAAAAAACAGCGCGAGUUUUAUCUCCGCCAACAGUUGGAAGCUAUCAAGCAAGAACUGGGUGAAUCAGAUAGUACCGGAGGGCCCAAGGAUGAAGAUGAUGCAGCUCUUUUAGGAAGACGCCUUGCAGAAGCUAAUCUCCCUAAAGAAGUAAAUAUUAUAGCUCAGCGUGAACUUAAGCGUAUCAAAAAACUCCAGCCUUCAUCCAGUGAGUGGUCUGUUACGCGCAACUAUCUCGAAUUGAUUGCCGACCUGCCCUGGAGUAAGAAAUCAGAGGAAAUCAUGGACAUUACCCGUGCUAAGCAGCAAUUGGAUGAUGAUCAUUUUGGAUUGGAUCAUGUUAAGAAGCGAAUCAUCGAAUAUCUUUCGGUAGCCAAGAUCAAAGGAGAUCUUAAGGCUCCAAUUAUUUGUUUUGUUGGUCCUCCUGGCGUGGGAAAGACAUCUCUUGGAAAAUCAAUUGCUUCCGCACUUUCACGAGAAUUCCAUCGUAUAUCCCUAGGAGGUGUUCGAGAUGAGGCUGAUAUGAGAGGUCAUCGUCGUACCUAUGUAGGUGCCAUGCCUGGUCUUAUUGUCCAAGGAUUACGCAAAUGUGGAGUCAAUAACCCCUUGUUUCUUCUCGAUGAGAUUGAUAAGUUGGCUCAUUCUACACAUUACGGAGACCCUGCUGCUGCUCUUUUGGAGAUUCUUGAUCCUGAACAAAACAAUACUUUCUCUGAUCAUUAUCUUAAUGUUCCUUUUGAUUUAUCAACCGUUUUGUUCAUCGCUACUGCAAAUUCAGUUGACACAAUCCCCGAGCCUUUGCUUGAUCGCAUGGAGUUGAUUUAUCUAAGUGGAUAUACCUUUGAGGAGAAGCUUCAUAUUGCAAAAUCGCAUCUUCUUCCUAAGCAAAUAAGAGCCCAUGGGUUAGAAGAAGAUCGUGUAAGCAUUUCCGAUCCUGUUCUUCUACAGAUAGCCGAAAAUUACACUCGUGAGAGUGGUGUGCGUACUUUUGAGAGAACUCUUGCUUCUGUUGUUCGUUCAAAAUGCGUGGAUUUAGCCGAACUUCGAGAAAGUGGCAAAGAAUCCGACUAUGUUUCAGAAAUUAAUAAGGAAGACGUAGAAGAAAUCCUCGGAAUCUCUACAUACGAGAAAGAAGUGGCUGGACGUGAGUCUAUCCCAGGUGUGGUCACUGGCCUGGCUUACUCUGGAAGUGGCAAUGGUGGAAUUUUAUUUAUUGAAGCGUCCAAGAUGCCAGGCAAUGGAGAGCUUCAAUUGACAGGCUCAUUAGGAGAUGUGAUCAAAGAAUCUGCGCAGCUUGCAUUAACUUGGGUCAAAUCCAAUGCCCAUCUGCUUAAGCUGGCACCGACACAAUACGAUAAUUUGGUGGAAAAGUUUGAUAUUCAUAUUCACAUGCCUAGCGGAGCAGUUCCAAAGGAUGGCCCAAGUGCAGGCGUAACUUUUACCACAUCACUUGUAUCGCUGUUCUCUGGAUGCUAUGUCCCUUCUACAACUGCAAUGACUGGUGAGAUGUCUUUGCGUGGUCAGGUUUUGCCUGUAGGAGGUAUCAAAGAGAAGGUUAUAUCAGCACAUCGUGCUGGUAUUCGCAAGAUUAUCAUGCCUUAUCGCAAUCAAAAGGAUGUACAAGCAGAUGUCCCUGCCAAUGUCAAGGCGGACAUUGAGUUUGUGUAUGCAAAAAAUAUUUGGGAAGUUCUUGAGGCUGCACUCAUUAUCAAUAAUACCGAGAAAUGGUCAGCUCGUACAUUUGAGAGCCAUUUGUAAAGCACUAUAUUUAUUUCUACCGGAGCUAAAGACAAUAAACACGUACAACAAAGUACUGUAAUCCCAGAGAUACAGUACCUGAUCC